AUGUUGCCUAAAUUUCGUGAACUCGGAGUUCAGUCCUAUUAUCGUGUCCACAAUCAUUUACCAAAUGAUCCUGGCAACCUAAUCGCCAAUAGAUAUGUCGCUCAGGAGCGACUCGGAAGGGGGAGUUUCGGCACUGUGUACCUGAUUGAAGACACCAAGACGGCGAUAGAAGACAAACUCAAGGUACUGAAGGAAAUCCCAGUGGGAGAUCUGAAGCCCACCGAGACAGUGAAGGUGAUGCAGGAAGCCCGGCUCCUCUCCCAGCUUCAGCACCCAGCCAUCCUCAAGUUCUUCACCAGCUUCCUGGAGAGAGAUGUCUUCUGCAUCAUCACUGAGUACUGCGAGGACGGAGAUUUGGACUGUAAGAUGGAAGAGAUGCGCGUGGCUGGGAAGACUCUGUCCGAGGGGCAGAUCUCUGAGUGGCUUAUACAGCUACUGCUGGGGCUUAACUACAUGCACCAGAGGCGUAUACUUCACCGAGAUCUGAAGUCCAAGAACGUGUUUCUAAAGAAGAACGUUGUGAAAAUAGGUGACUUUGGAGUGUCAUGCUUGCUGAUGGGGUCAUGUGACCUGGCCACUACAUUCACGGGUACACCGUACUAUAUGAGUCCUGAGGCCCUCAGUCACCGUGGUUAUGACUCCAAAUCUGACAUCUGGUCUUUAGGCUGUAUACUCCAUGAGAUGUGCUGUUUGAAGCAUGCCUUCGAGGGUCAUCAUUUCCUGUGUGUGGUCCUGAAGAUCGUGGAGGGCCCCACGCCAUCCCUUCCAGAUCACUACUCACGGGACCUAAACAUCCUAAUGCAGAGGAUGCUGGAGAAGGACCCACAGUGUAGGCUCUCUGCUGCCGAUGCUCUGCGCUUUGAAUUCAUACAGGAGUUCAAACAGAGCGUGAAACACCAGCUCUCGGACCUGACACUCAGAGACCAGGUGCCGGGAGACGAGAGAGACGCAUCUCAAAUUGCCAGAGCACUACAGAUAAAGGUGCACCUGCAGACACUGAGGGAGAGGUCAGAGGUCGAGAAGAUGAGCCCCCGAGAACGGAUGAGACUCAGGAAACAGCAGGCCGCGGAUGAGAGGGCCAAAAGGCUGAAACAGAUUGUGGAGGACAAAUACAAAGAGAAUCACCAUCGCAUGAUGGAGCUCCGAUCCAGACAUUUCCAUAAAGUUAGUGCGAAUGUCCUGAAGGAAAAGAGUGAAAUCACGGUCUGCAAGAUCCAGCCAACCACUGACCAACAUAUUACAACAAUCAGCCAUCUGGGGCAAAUGGAAAACCAACUUGUUGACAGGCUGCAUGUGUCAGAUCCAGCAGAACAUGGCAUACCCGAGGAUCCACAGACUGCAGAGGCAUAUUAUUCUGAGGAGGUUUUUGAGUCUUUCUCAGAUGAAGAUGAUUUCUCAGGGGGUCUGUGCGGCGCUGACAACCUCUGCCAGACAUUCGCACAGGACAGUGAUCUGGAGGCCAUGGUGCAACGCAUGGAGAAUGUUCUGGAAGAGAACCCUAGCACUGAAUUGGAGAGAGGGAUGUGUCAAGCUGGGCACCAGAAAGUAUCCAGCAUCAACAUCACCAUGGCCGAAAACCGAAUCCAAUACAUAAGAGAUUCAGCGUGUCAGAGGCUGGGAGAGCAGCUGUUCCAGAGGGUGUAUGAGUACCUGAAGGAGGCCAGGCAGAGGCAUGAGAGUGAGGACAGCAUUAUUGCUGCUCUGGGCCGACUCGUCGAGAGGCCUGCGGACUGCUUCGAGGUGGACCAGCUGCUCUACUAUGAGGAGCAGCUGGAGGCAGCACAGGCCAUUGGGAAGUGAGCGCUCUGAUGCCAGUGCACACAUCAGAGCAGCAAUUAACCACCAAAGCAGAGACAGAAUCAGGAGCUGGAGGCAUCCACGGUGCCCUUCUGCCCCACCACCAGUCCCCCUUUCAGGCAGAAGGUCACGCGCAACGCAGGUGAGAACAGGUGCUGACUGCUUCGCUUCACAAUCUGAUCAAUUCAGCAGCGAUGAAUCAUUGAAGAAUAUGGUGCAGCAAUGAAGAUGGAAGUGUUGAUACAUAGAGAAAAAGGGAAAAGUUGCAUCAGCUAAAAAUGUAUCCAGUGUGUGAUAUUCAAAGUUUGGAAAUGAAAGCAUUUGAAAUAAAGGCAGUAGUGCUUUGUUCUUAA